CAUAAUUGUCCUGUAUGAAGAGGUAAUUCAUCUAUUUCUUGGUUUCCCAGUCAAGUACCUAAUGGGUCAAAAUUGUGAUACUGCUUAGCUUGUCCCACUUUGUUAUGGUUGGCUAUUGAUUUUGAUUUGUCUAUUGAAUUUUUUUCAAAUAUCAAAGUUUUAUUUACUUGUUUUUUCUCCUAACUGUUGUUUAUGCUAAAAAUUUGUAGGCAUGAAUAGAAAUUUAUUGAAAAAAUUAUAGAACAAGUCCAACAAGAGGUCAACCAGGCACCUCUUGAUGUUGCUUGGUACCCAGUUGGAGUAGAUUCUCGUGUCCAAGAUAUAGAGUUGUUAUUGCAAAGUGGAUGUGAACAUGAAGUACACAUGGUUGGUAUAUAUGGUGUUGGUGGAAUUGGAAAAACAACUUUGGCAAAAGCUAUCUACAAUCGAAUAUUUCAACAUUUUGGUAGUAGUUACUUCCUUUCAAAUGUUAGAUCAGAAACUGAAGCAUUUGGUCUGGCCAAGCUGCAAGAGGAACUCCUUCGUCAAAUUCUCAAAACUAAGGAGUUUAAAGUUAGCAGUGUUGCUGAAGGCACCAAUUUAAUCAAAUCAAGACUCGGAUCAAAAAAAGUUCUAAUUAUUCUUGAUGACGUGGACCAUAUAAGCCAAUUAGAAUCUUUAACAAGAGAAAGAGGUUGGUCUGGUUUGGAUAGUUUAAUUAUUAUUACAACCCGAGACAAGCAUUUGCUAUGUGGGCUCGGCUCAGAGAAAAUGAGAGAUACGAGGCCAAACUAUUAUAUUCAUAUGAGUCUCUCAACUUUUUUCUUGUCAUGCUUUUAAAAGUCUUUCUCCACCACAAGAAUAUGAUGAGCUGGCACAAGAUGUAAUCAAAUAUUCAGGUGGGCUACCAUUAGCUCUUGUGACAUUAGGGGCACAUCUGCGAGGGAGAUCUGUAGAAGAGUGGAGAUACGAAAUCCAAAAACUAAGAGCAAUUCCUCAUAGUGAUAUCCAAAAAAUUCUCAAGAUAAGCUUUGAUGGACUUGAUUGUGAUACUCAGAGUGUUUUCCUUGAUAUCGCGUGCGCCUUCCAUGGAUUUUCUGAGGUUGAAGUUACCGAAACAUUAAAUGCAUGUGGUGUUUAUUCUAAAAGUGCAAUUGCAACUUUGGUCCAAAAAUGCUUGCUCCAAAUUAGUGGUAUGGAUCAUGUUGUGAUGCAUGGUUUAGUGCGGGAUAUGGGAAGAGAAAUCGUUCGCAUGGAGUCACCUUGAGAUCCUGGAAAACGAAGUAGAUUGUUCAACCCUCAAGAAGUCUGUGAUGUUCUACAAGGAAAUAAGGGUUCCAAAGAGGUAGAAGUACUGAUGGUAGAUCCCUGGGCUUUAAAGGGUGUGAAGUUGUGGACCAAAGCAUUUAAGAAAAUGAAAAAUCUAAGGGUUCUUAAAAUUGACUAUGUACAUAUUAGUGGAGAUUUUGAGUUGCUAUCAAAGGAGCUCAGGUGGUUGUCUAGGAAAAGAUGUCCUUUAAAAUGUAUACCAUCAAAUUUUCCAGCAGCGAAACUUGUAGUAUUAAAUAUGCAAGAGAGCAAUAUCCAAGAGUUUGGUUUGAAGUUGCAGUGUUGUAAAAGUUUGAAGAGGCUGGAUCUCUCUGGUUGCAAGCACCUCAUAAGAACUCCAAAUUUUGGUGGUUCACGAAGUUUGGAAACUCUCUGGUUUCGAGAUUGCUCAAGUCUGAUGAAGAUCCAUCCAUCAAUAGGAAAUUUGGUCAGACUGAUUAAUCUAGAUUUGGAUGGUUGCAAAAAGCUUACGGAUCUUCCGAGCAGCAUAUGCUAUCUAAAAUCCCUUCCAGCCUUGGUAAUUAGUCGCUGCCCAUCUAUACAUAUACAGCUAGUUGACAUUGGAGAUAUGCAAAGUCUACGACGAUUUUAUGUAACUGCUAUGGAUCAAUUGCUGGAUCUGUUGAAAUGCUAAGAAAUCUUGAAAUUUUUGAAGUGGGAGGCCUAGAUUUUGAGGCUAAAAGGAGUUUUUCUAGAAGAAGAGUCCACUCCAUACAAUCCUUGUCGACUUCUCUUCAGCAUUUAAGCAUUCAAUAUUGUGGUUUGUCUGCGGCUGAUAUUCCCUAGGAUAUUUGGGAGUUUAUACUGCUUAAAAUCUUUAUGUUUGAGUGGCAAUAGUUUCUACUGUCUACCCUUUGGGUUUUCUAAAUUGCGAUCCUUGCGAGCGAUCGUAAUCUCCCUUCAAAUUUAAAAUAUCUCAAAGUGUUUUAACGUUGCAAAUUGCAAAAGAUUGUUCAAGAUUGCAGAGUUGGAUAACCUCCCUUCAAGAUUGCAGAGUUGGAUAACCUCCCUUCUAUUGAGCGGGUCGACAUGCUUAAUUGCACUUCACUGCAGAAUCCAUUGGAUGAAGGCUUCUUUAGCGCACCUGCUCUAGCAUUGCAAUCCAGAGAAAAUUCAUUUCCGGUUACUCCCUCCCUCCCUCCCCCCCGCCCCCAAAACAA